CCACCAUCAUGCACGGGCCAGGGCCGGGAUGCCCUUGCUAUUACUCGCUACUGCUCUCAUUGCCUUUUCCCGCAGCUUAAGCUGCGAUGGCCAACAACUCAUAUGCAUAUCCACAAGAUGCACACUCUCCUUUUACAACAAACGGCUAUGAGCAGCCGCAACCAUCGUUUAGCCCAGGCAUGGAUUCUUCGAUGACAGGGUUGGCUUCCCAGACCUCGACCCCGGACAAUUCUUCACCGUUACUUCUCGCACAAACCAAAUCUGAAGCUCGUCGUUAUGAGUCAGAAUCCAGAGGCAAUUCGAAGGGCAAGAAGCGAACUACGAUGUUCGUGUUGAUUGGGUUGGCAGUUCUGUGCAUUGUUGUAGUAGCCGUCGUUGUGCCAGUUUACUUCGUCGUCAUCAAACCCAAGCAAGACAAACAAGACAAGAACGCUCCAGGUAGUGGUUCCAUUGGAGGAGGCUCCGGUAAUUCUCAAAGCCCAACUGGAGCAACUUCGGGUGGUGAUGGUUCUCAGAUUGUCACGGAAGAAGGGAUGACAUUUACUUACAACAACAAGUUUGGUGGAUAUUGGGUGCAAGAUCCUCAAGAUCCUUUUAAUAAUAACGCUCGCGCCAACUCAUGGACACCACCACUGAACGAAUCAUGGGAUUUCCGUAAACAACGCAUCUACGGAGUAAACAUCGGUGGCCUUUUUGUUAUUGAACCUUUCAUCUCCCCCAUGUUCUUCCAAAAGUAUGCUGGUACGAGCGACGAGUGGACCCUGAGUCAAGCAAUGGCAGCGGAUACCGCAAACGGGGGUCUCCAACAACUCGAGGAACAUUAUAAGACGUUCAUCACCGAAAAAGACCUAGCUGAAAUUGCUGGCGCUGGCUUAAAUUGGAUUAGACUCCCUAUACCCUUUUGGGCGAUCGAUACGUGGCCUGGAGAGCCAUUCCUAGCUCAAACGUCAUGGAAGUACAUUUUGCGCGUUCUCGGGUGGGCGAGAAAGUAUGGCUUGAGAGUCAAGCUUGAUUUACACACUAUUCCGGGCUCUCAGAAUGGAUACAACCAUUCUGGCAAAUUAGGACAAGUCAAUUUUCUCAAUGGUGUCAUGGGUGUCGCCAACGCGCAACGAGCCUUGAACUACAUUAGAAUUCUCACCGAGUUCAUUUCCCAGCCAGAAUACAGCAAUCUAAUCCCAAUAUUUGGUAUCGUCAAUGAAGCUUUGGUGGAGGUUAUUGGCAAGGACUCAUUGAAGAGUUUCUACCUUGAAGCUCACAACAUGAUUCGUGACAUAACAGGUGUCGGUGAGGGCAAGGGUGCCUAUGUUUCUAUUCAUGACGGUUUCGUAGAUAUUACCUCUUGGUCCGGUCUCCUUCCUGGAGCCGACAGGCUCAUGAUGGACAGUCACCCGUAUUUCGCUUUCGGGAACGGAGCAAACGAUGACCCCAUUGCUACCGGUACUGGACUUGAGGCCGGAGGAAUUUGGCCACGUCAGGCAUGUAAUGCAUGGGGUCCGUCCUUGAACAAGAGUCGAACUGGAUUCGGUGUCACCAUUGCCGGAGAGUUCAGUAACGGUUAUAAUGACUGUGGCCUCUUCCUCCGGGGCGUUCCUGGAUCGCAUACUUACGGCGGUGACUGUUCACUCUACCAGGACUCUACAAACUGGAAUGAAACGCUCAAAGCUGGUCUCAAAGCGUUUGCAAUGGCCAGUAUGGACGCCACUCGAGAUUACUUUUUCUGGACAUGGAAAAUCGGAAAUUCAACUAGUGGUCGGGUCGAGGCACCUCUCUGGUCGUACCAGCUUGGCCUAGAAAACGGUUGGAUGCCCACAGACCCUAGAGAUGCUGAUGGAUAUUGUGUCAAGCUUGGCAUCACCGAUGAUAGUUUCAACGGCCAAUACGAACCCUGGAUGACUGGCGGUGUUGGCGCAGGCACGAUUGCAGCGGCGGCGACGGUCGGGUUUAGCUGGCCACCAGCUUCGAUGAGUGGAGUUCCACCUGGGUCAAUGACUUUCCUUCCAACGUAUACGCCCACCGGCACUGUCACUACGUUGUCUGGGCCCACAAGUGCAAGUCUCAAAGGGUGGUACGACGACGCUGAUCGAACGGGUGCUCCGGCUACAAUAGCUGGUUGUUCGUACCCCGAUGGGUGGAAUGCUCAGGACGCUACAGUACCUGCUACUCGUUGUGGUGCCGGAUUGACGGCGCGUAAUGCUCAACCUACUGCAUCCGUUUGAAUGUGUAGUAUGCGCCCCAACGCACUCCCGCUCCUUGGUGAUGAUCUGAAUUCGCCCUGUCCAUCUGUAUUCGACCUUCACUCCUUAAAAAGACACUUUUACACUCUUAAUUUUGUAGCUUGGACAAUUCAGGUUUUGAUAUCCUUAUUAGUGUAUUUUUCUGCAAGGACACUCCUUAUUGCUUCUCCUACUAGCGACUGCUGUCCGACUGCUGUUCAACAUCAAAUAUAUCAAGAGGUUGUGCGCGACAUGUUGUGCCCAAUAAUGUCUGAACCUGUACAGAAUAUCAACCAGCGCUGACGAUGUAUCGUUGUGCAGUGUUUUCAU